AUGGAAGAAAAAGAAAAACUUGCAGAGGAGAUCAUGAUUGCCAAGAAGUCUUUAGAGGAGCUUCUUGUUGUGCGUAGGCCGGUAAUGGAGUUUUCUGAAGAAGAUGAUGAAACAGCACCAGAUGGUGAUGGUGGAAGUGUUAAUGACAAGAAACAGUUUGAUUCGUCUUCGAUGAUUGAUGCCGAGCUUUCAAAAUUUGCAAAGAAGAUGCCCAUUUUUGAGCCGGAAAGAAUGGAUUCGAAGUCUGAAGAGAAGCCAUUGAUGGUGAAUUUGGAUUUGGCUUUGUAUAAAGCAAAGAUUUUGGCUCGGAAUUAUCGGUAUGAAGAAGCUGAGAUAAUACUUCAGAAGUGUAUAUAUUAUUGGCCAGAAGACGGGAGGCCAUAUGUGGCUUUGGGGAAAAAUUUGAGUAAACAGUCAAAGAUGAAUGAAGCUAGAGCUGUGUAUGAAAAAGGUUGCCAAGCAACACAAGGAGAAAAUCCCUACAUUUGGCAGUGUUGGGCUGUUCUGGAAAAUAAGUUGGGUAAUAUAAGGAGAGCUAGAGAAUUAUUUGAUGCUGCCACAGUUGCUGAUAAGAGACAUAUUGCAGCCUGGCAUGGAUGGGCUGUCUUGGAGUUAAAACAGGGAAAUAUUAAAAAGGCAAGGAAUCUCCUCGGCAAGGGUCUCAAACAUUGUGGGGGAAAUGAAUACAUUUACCAAACACUUGCUCUUCUUGAUGUCAAAGCAAAACGGUAUGAACAAGCUAGAUAUUUAUUCAGGCAGGCAACAAAAUGCAAUCCCAAAAGCUGUGCCAGUUGGCUUGCAUGGGCUCAGCUCGAGGCACAGCAGGAAAAUAUUCAGUCUGCUAGGAGGCUUUUUGAGAAAGCAGUGCAAGCGAGUCCGAAGAAUAGAUUUGCAUGGCAUGUAUGGGGAGUCUUUGAAGCUAAUCUAGGUAAUGUCGAUUUAGGAAAGAAACUUCUGAAGAUAGGGCAUGCAGUGAAUCCAAGAGAUCCCGUCCUCCUUCAAUCGCUUGCACUAUUGGAAUACAAAUACUCUACUGCAAAUGUAGCACGAGUUUUGUUUCGGAGGGCAUCUGAGCUGGAUCCAAGGCACCAGCCUGUGUGGAUUGCCUGGGGGUGGAUGGAAUGGAAAGAAGGAAACUUAGCUACAGCUAGGGAAUUAUACCAAAAGGCAUUAUCCAUUAAUUCAACUAGUGAGAGCGCUGCACGCUGCCUUCAGGCUUGGGGUGUUUUAGAGCAGAGGGUCGGCAAUUUAUCUGCAGCACGAAGAUUAUUUAGGUCUUCGCUUAACAUAAAUUCUCAAAGCUAUGUAACAUGGAUGACGUGGGCAUCUUUCGAAGACGAUCAGGGGAAUUCUGUGCGCGCUGAGGAAAUUCGGAACCUCUAUUUCCAGCAGCGUACUGAAGUUGUUGACGAUGCAUCAUGGAUCAUGGGAUUCUUAGACAUAAUUGAUCCAGCAAUUGAUAGCAUAAAGAAACUUUUGAAUAUCGACCAAAACCCGUACUACAAGGUCAAGGAUUCUUCGUUAAAGAUAUCAGAAUCCAACGUUGAAGGUGAAUUCGGCAGUUUGUCCUCUGAUUCCAACGGAAGUGGUUUCAAUUUAGACGAGUUCAUCAUCACAAAACUAUUUUUAGACCCUUCAAAACUGGAUGUUCAAUUGGGGCCAUCUCGGAAGGUUGGUGCAAAGAGUGACUCGAGAUCACAGAAUAGAAAUGUCCCGAUACUACCAAGCCUCUAA